CUGUAAAUGGGACAAAUGAAGUUCAUUUUCCACAGCUGGUGAUGGCGGAUGUUGUUGAAAAAGACACCAUGAAGAAUUACCACAUAGCGUCUGAGAGAAUUAACCCAGAGACCAGUCGCUUUCCUUACUGUGUUGUGUGGACACCCAUCCCCGUGCUGUCAUGGCUGUUUCCAUUCAUUGGCCACAUGGGAAUCUGUACUUCCACUGGUGUCAUCCGGGACUUUGCUGGACCUUACUUUGUCUCAGAAGACAACAUGGCUUUUGGAAGACCAACAAAGUACUGGAUGCUUGACGUAAGCAAAGUCUAUGCUAGUGGCUCCAAUGCCUGGGACACAGCAGUCCACGAUGCUUCGGAGGAGUAUAAGCACAGGAUGCACAACCUCUGCUGUGACAACUGUCACUCACAUGUCGCCAUGGCUCUGAAUCUGAUGCGAUAUGAAAACAGCACGUCAUGGAACAUGGUCAAGCUCUGCCUCCUCGCUCUGAUCCAUGGAAAACAUGUCAGCUGUGCAGGCUUCCUGAAGACCUGGCUGCCUUUCCUGAUGCUGAUGGGCAUCAUCCUUACAGUGGCGCUGACCCUCAACCUGCGGUGACCUGGGAGGCAGGUGAAGGACACAGUGGAACCUCCGCAGGUCGAAUGUGGGGUUGACCUUUUAGACAACAAAGGGGGCAUCACACGGUGUCGAGCGUCAGUAACCGAGGAGAUAAGGACUACUUUCCUCCGAGAGAAGGUUGUUGAACAGGAAUGUCCAACACAUGUACACCAACACAUGUUUGGUUUGCGGGAAGCAAGCAGCCUGUUGAUGGCAUUACUCCGGUGGUGAAGCUGGAAUGGCCUAGUGAUGGAAAUUGAUUCAUAUUCAGUCAUUUAUUUGGAAGAAGUGACUGAACACCACACCUCCACUCAAACACACUUAAUGGAUUCUGAUUAUUGAAAGCCUAAAAGCAGGUUUUAGCCAUCGCCACCUGCAAAGUCUAGACGUUGUGUAGUUGCAUUGAUAGUUGAAUAGAAGAACAUACAUUGUUGAAUUAUCGGAGGGAACACAUCAUGCCUUGCUUUCUGAUUUUGAUGGGAGUGUAAUCCCAUGAUUCAGUGCUUCCAGAAUGCCAUUUUUCUACUGGGGAGCACAAACAUGUUAAAUCAAUUAGAUGCCUUUCUAGGGAAUUUAUUGCAUUUCAUGCUUGAUCUAAUGUAGCUCUUCUAAACAUGCCAGAGCAGUUUGUAUUUUUGUGCAUUUUCUUACUUAACUCCAUAGGAUAUCGGAACGUCUGCAUCUUCUACAAAGAAAUAUUUUCUCAGAGAUAUGUUGUACAUGCAUUACACGGGUCACCUCAUACUUUAAUAGGUUUACGAUAAAUGUUUUCAUACCUCUAACUACAGAUCAUCAAUGCGACGAUUGUAGCAAGCUCAAUGAAUGUGGCUGUGGAAAAAAAAACCAUACAGAAAGCAACAGAAUAGUUAAACUCCUUUUGGUUUUCUAUACUUGUGCCAAAUGUAGGAGAAUGGAAGACCAACACAAACUGUGCCCAUGAAUUUCUCACUUGUUGAAUGGAAAGCCUGUUGAUGUCAGAGUUUUAAAACCUGUUUGGAUCUUUUUGUUAAACCUGAGAGGUGUUUUUGUUUUUCAUUCCAGUAUAAGAAGCAAAAGUCAGUGCCUAAAAAAAGACCUCUCUCACAGAUCCCUUCUCAUUUUUGUAGUUAUUUUUGACACGUUUAAAAAAAAAAAAAAAAAAGUUAAUUCCACAUGAUGGUUGGCACUUGAAAUCCGUUGCCAUGGCUGUCGUGAGUAGAUUCAAAUCCCCUUAUUGUUUGCAAUCAAACAGAAAAAAGUGUUGAGCCCUCUCUUUGUCCGCGGUGCUGCCAGAAGCAGCAGGUAGCCAGGAUCCUCAGGUUUUUCACACUCACCGACCCCUGCUGAAUAUCCCCAGUUCCCCCCUGCGCCCGACCAGCGUCACUCCUGCUGUUUUCCACCUCUGCAGAUCAGAGUCGAAGGUCAUUGUGAAAUGUCAGCGCCGUUUCACAAAGCUUUGAGAUAUCCACCGGCCAACAUCCUGCAAUAAUCCAAAGUAGAUGUCAUUCAAGUGUGAUCUUCUAUAAAUUAAAUUCAGUUUUAUGUUCUGUAUUUAGGGUUUAGUGUUAGGGCUAACACAGUGCCAGUUUUUAGACUUUGCUCUCAUUGGGCUUCUGUUGAAAGCAGAUAUUCUGUGGCCUCUUGUGUGUAUUUCACCCAUGUUGCCUGUAAAUAUUUGAUCACACAUUAUACUGUACACCAGGUGCUCUUUAUAUACUUUGCAUACUUGAUCGCUCACUCUACAGAUUGCUCCUUUAAAUAAUUUACAAUGUGUUUUUUUUCCCUCUUUACUCCACUUCUGCAUAUCAUCUCUGCUCUGCGGCGAAGCAGAACCGUGCCUGAAUGAGUGUGUGAUCGCGUGUGUGUGUGCGUUAGUCACGCACACAGCGAUCAGAGAGCGCAUGUGAUUGCAUGCCAGCAUGUGUGUGUGUUGCAUGCAUGCAAGAGUGUUUGAGAGAGAAGUUUGUGUUUGACACAUACUGUGGCUUCUUGAUUAAUAAUCAGCUGCAUUUCACUGCAGCCAACUGCCUCGUGAUUGAUUUCGAUAUUUCUAAAUCCAUAUCUUUCUCUUAAUCUCGUUCAAGUUUUAUGCCAUUGCCGGCAAACAUUAGCAAGAAUAAAUAAUAAAUUAGACUAUAACAGGCCUGCUUAAGUUAAUGUUGAUUAGAUGCAAUAGCCUGUGCUGUUCGUGUGUAGCUGCAGAUUCUGUAGAUUAGAGCUGCACAGUCAUUUUCUCAAAGCAUUAAAAGGACGAAAGAGGCAGAAUCUCUAUAUAAAAACAAUUUUGGGGAAUAUUUUAAACCUUUAAACUGUGACGCUUAAUGACUGUUUUAUAAAGCCAUGUCACUAGUGUGAAGAGGUAGCCACCUUUUACUGUAAAUACAACUUUACAUUAUGUAUUUUAAAUUAUAGAAGCAUUAGGACUUUGCAAGUAAGCAGACUGGUUGACCAUGCAGACAUUUACUAAAAGUAGCAUGUGUUUAAAAAAAAAAAGGAAAUCUGAAAAUGUUCUCAUUAUGCCUAAACUGCAGUGACAUUAUACGUCUCUAUUCAAACUU